AUGGAAGACAUAUUCCAGUGGUGCCGUGAAGGCAUCACCAUGCAAGUGCGGGUUUGGCUCGAUGAYACUGAACACGACAUGAACCAYGGGGACGAUCACGGAUUCRGUCCGUUGCACUGGGCUGCCAAAGAAGGCCAUCUGAAGAUCGUCGAGAUGCUGGUGCAGAGGGGCGCCCGCAUAAAUUCUACGAAUCGAUAGAAUGAUACACCUCUGCACUUGGCCAUGGCCCAUGGUCACCAUGAAAUCGUUCAUCUGUUGUUGAAAAACCGAGCAGACAUUCAUUUUACAAACGAAYACGGUAACACUCCAUUACACUACGCUUGCUUCUGGGGCUAUGAAGCAAUAGYCGAAGAACUUAUUGAAAAUGGUGCAUURGCUGCUUUGGCUAAUAAAGACGGAGACACUCCRCUAGACAAGGGAAAAGGACCAAUUUUAAAACAUUUAAAAGUUAUUGAUAAAAACAAAUUUAUUACAGAUUUAGCCUUGCAAUCUGGACAAGAUCUUACUWAAAUCAAUUUUAAGGAUCAAAGUUGGUUAGGUUUGAAAASGAGAAGCAGAGAUGCUACAUUAUCACGACAUAAAGGAAUAAACUUGAGUGAUCUUUACUUGCACACAAAAAUGGCUACUUCACCCAGUGGAGAAACAUGGCGUGGYCAUUGGCAGAAGAAUGACAUUGUUGCCAAAGUGUUGRCCGUUCGACAAUGUACUCCUCGAAUUUCCAGAGAUUUUAAUGAAGAAUUCCCAAAACUGAGAAUAUUCKCACACCCAAAUGUGUUGCCAGUGAUUGGAUGUUGUAACUCCCCUCCUAAUUUGGAGGUUAUUAGUCAGUAUAUGCCUUGGGGCUCGCUCCAUACUUUAUUGCAUGAAGAAGCGACAGUUACAGUGGACACAGCCUUAGCACUUAGAYUCGCAGUARAURUUUCUAGGGAUAUGGCGUUUUUGCAUAGUUUAGAAAGGAUUAUACCACAAUUUCAUCUUAAUAGUCAUCAUAUAAUGAUUGACGAGGACCUUACAGCCAGRAUAAAUAUGGMWGAUGCUAAAUUUUCAUUCUAAGAAAAGGCAAGGGUAUACUAUCCUGGAUGGAUGGCUCAAGAGGCUUUACAAAAAAAAAAACAAAUUGAUACUAAUUUUGGCUGCGACAUGUGGAGUUUUUCUAUUCUUCUAUGGGAAUUAGCUACUCGAGAAAUUCCAUUUUCUCACUUAUCGCCAAUUGAAAUAGGGAUGAAGGUGGCUUUGGAGGGUUUAAGAAUGUCUAUUCCAUCUGAUAUUUCGCCACAUAUCACCAAACUUAUUAAAAUAUGUUUGAAUGAGGAUCCAGGAAAGAGGUCAACUUUUAACAUGGUGCUUCCAAUUUUGGAUAAAAUGAAAAGAUAAUAAUAAAAAGUAACAAAAUUCUUCAGUGCUAUAGUGGAAGAAGAAAUCUUAACAAAAUAGGGCACUAACUUAUUCACAAAAGUAUCUAUUUCAAAACCAGUGUAUCUCAAGUGAUUAUU